AUGACACCCCCGCCAAUCAACGAACAAACUGCAACUGGAUCAAAUGCUCUAACACAAACGACAGUGGAAAUCCAUAAAGUAGCUUUGAAGCUGCCGCCAUUCAAUCCAUUGGAUCUUCAAUUGUGGUUCUGCAUGGCAGACCUCGCAUUCAAUGCUUCAGCUAUCGUACUCGAAUCAACGAAAUUCGGCCACAUCUUAGCUCUACUGGAUCCAAAACACGCACAAGAAGUAAGAGAUAUUAUUCUACAACCUCCAACAGAAAAUCCUUACACAACACUGAAGAACGAGCUCAUCAAACGCAUGGGAUCAUCUCAAGAAGUAAAAACUCGUCAACUACUUGAACACCAGGAGAUCGGAGACCGCAAACCAUCGCAAUACCUACGGCAUCUACGCGAUCUCGCAGGAACAGAGUUUCCUUCGAAUGUCAUUCGACAACUCUGGCUACAAGGCCUACCGACACAAGUCCAAGCAGUGCUCGCCACUCAAAAGAAUGCCGAACUCAAUGAUGUAGCCGAUCUCGCUGAUUCAGUCAUGGAAGCUAUAAGAGGAACAUCUUUAGGCCGUAAUAUCGCAGCCGUGCAGCAGCCGAACGAAUCACUUGAUACAUUGUUAAGUAUCAAAAUCGCUCAGCUAACUCUCACUCUACGAGAAGAGAUCAACGCAGUAAAAGGAGCAUUCAAUUCCUCACGCUCUCGCUCACGUAGUCGCUCAAAAUCCAAAAAACGACAAUCUGAUGACUCUGAUGAUGAGGACGAUGAGAAACUUUGCUGGUAUCAUCGCAAGUACGGAAAAAAAGCGAAGAAGUGCACGUCUCCAUGUGAUUUCCAGGGAAACGCACAGGGCACUCGCUGA